UGUUGGAGUUCUUAUCACAUUUUUCGUGUACAUUUGCUGGCCUUAUUCACCUCCUCCAGUUAGUUUAAUUAAAAAUCAAAUUUCCAUUUGUAAUAAAUCGCAUAUUGGCAUUUUUCUAGUUACAUUUGAUCACUUGCAUUUGUCUCGUGUCGGGUUUGGUAUUCGAACGCAAAUUGUCUCGGGCUUUGUGAAAAUACAUACAUAUUUUACUUUCUGUUAAACAUGACCAGUGAAUAUGAAGGUUAUAAAUCACCGCUUAGCUCACGCUAUGCCAGCAAGGAAAUGCAAUAUCUGUUCAGUGACCAGAAAAAGUUUUCCACCUGGCGACAACUAUGGAUAUGGCUAGCCCAAGCAGAGAAGAGCUUGGGUUUGGAGAUAAGCGAUGCCCAAAUUGCCGAAAUGCAAGCCCACAUGAACUCUAUUGAUUUCAUUGCUGCGGCAGCCGAAGAGCGUUUGACCCGACACGAUGUUAUGGCUCAUGUUCAUGUUUUUGCCAAACAAUGUCCCUUGGCCGCUCCUAUAAUCCAUUUGGGAGCAACUUCCUGUUAUGUGGGUGAUAACACCGAUUUGAUCAUCCUGCGCGAUGCUUUGGAUCUACUCUUGCCCCGUGUUGCCUCUGUGAUCUAUUGCCUGAAAGAGUUUGCCUUAAAGUAUAAAUCUCAACCCAUAUUGGGUUUCACCCAUCUGCAACCAGCUCAGCUGACUACAGUGGGUAAACGUGCCUGUCUAUGGCUACAGGAUUUGUUAAUGGAUGAACGUGCCCUGCGUCGUUGCCGCAAUGAUUUGCGCUGUCGUGGUGUUAAGGGCACCACCGGAACACAGGCCUCCUUUUUGCAACUCUUCAAUGGAGAUGGAGCCAAGGUUAAGCAGCUGGAUUUGGAAGUUACCCACUUGGCUGGUUUUGCCAAGCCCUAUGGAGUGACUGGUCAGACCUACUCGCGUAAAGUGGAUGUGGAAAUAAUUGGCGCCUUGGCUAGCUUGGGUACCAGCAUACACAAAAUGUGUUCGGAUUUGAGAAUUUUGGCUUCACGCAAGGAACUGGAAGAGCCUUUUGAAUCUACACAAAUUGGAUCCUCGGCCAUGGCUUACAAACGUAAUCCCAUGCGCUCGGAACGUUGCUGUGCCUUGGCCCGCCAUAUGAUUACAUUGUUCUCGAAUGCCGCCAACACACAUGCCACCCAAUGGUUGGAGCGCACCCUAGAUGAUUCGGCCAAUCGUCGCUUGACUUUAUCGGAAGGAUUCCUAUCCGCAGAUGCUGCUCUGCUGACACUGCUGAAUGUUUCUCAAGGUCUGGUGGUCUAUCCCAAGGUUAUAGAACGCAAUAUAGCCCAAGAGUUGCCCUUUAUGUCCACCGAAAACAUUAUCAUGGCCAUGGUCAAGGCGGGAGGUGAUCGCCAAAUUUGCCAUGAAAAGAUUCGAGUUCUAUCCCAAGAGGCUGGAGCUCAAGUCAAGCAACAUGGCAAAGACAACGACUUGGUGGAUCGGGUGCGCAAGGAUCCCUACUUUGCUCCCAUCAUCAAUCAAUUGGACACUAUAUUGGAUGCUAGAACUUUCACGGGACGCGCCACCGAACAGGUUGAUGAAUUUGUUACGGAAGAAGUUCAAGUGGUAUUGGACCUAUACAGGGAUGUGGUGAAGAAUAUUAAAGUUGUACAAUUGAAUAUUUAAAUGGUUUCUUUUUUUAUAAAUAUUUAAAAUGCCUUAUUUACGUGUGCAUCAUGUUUUGAAUUCUUUCUUGUUUUGGCUUUAAUGCAAAAUUGUUUUUAGGAUGAUGAAAUAAAAAAAAAACACAGAUUGAUUAGAAAUCA